CGCAAUUCCGCGGCGAGUGAGAAGUGAAAAAUGGCCGCGCCCUUAUCCCGUGUUAUAUCCACUAGUCUCCGGAAAAAUCAAACUUUCUACAACAGAUCGCUUGUGGUAUCGACAUUACCUCGACUAUUGAACAACAAAAAUGCAAAAUUAUGUGAUGACGGUGGAGAAAACGAAGGGAGUGAGAAAAACAUUAAUCUAACCUGGGUUCUGACAUCCGGGGGUGUUUUCGGCGUUGGCUAUUUACUGUACAAAUGGAGGAGAGAAUUAUCGGAUUAUAUGAAUUCUUCGAAUAUCGGCUCAAUGCUGUUACCGAGUGUUCACGCAAGCAACAAUUUUUUCCUCACUGAUAUCAGCCAAAAUCGUAAAAAAUAUAAUUUCAUCGCAGAUGUUGUUGAGGUGACAGCGCCAUCUGUGGUCUACAUUGAGAUCAAAGACCAGAAACGGAUGGACUUUUUCACAGGUCAUCCGGCAACCACCAGCAACGGCUCGGGUUUCAUCGUCUCUGCAGACGGAUUAAUCCUUACAAAUGCUCAUGUGGUCGUUAAUAAGCCAAAUAUCCAAGUUAAGGUAAGAUUGCAGGAUGGGUCGACUUACACGGGAGUUGUGGAGGACGUCGAUAUGCAGAGCGAUUUGGCUACUGUUCGAAUAAAUAAGACAGACUUACCUGUAAUGAAACUCGGUAGUUCUUCAAAUAUACGCCCCGGUGAAUUUGUGGUUGCAAUUGGAUCUCCCUUGGCCCUGAGCAACACAAUAACCAGUGGAGUUGUCAGCAGCGUCAAUAGACAGAGCACCGAAUUGGGCUUACAUCAUAAACAAAUGGGCUACAUCCAGACAGACGCUGCAAUUACGUUUGGAAAUUCUGGUGGCCCUCUGGUGAAUUUGAGCGGUGAGGCGAUUGGAAUAAAUGCUAUGAAGGUCACAGCUGGUAUCUCCUUCGCGAUUCCAAUCGAUUAUGCUAAAGAAUUCCUGAAGAAAGCGGAAGCAAGGCGAAACAACACUGGAAUUAAAAAUACCAGUGAAUCGGCCAAGCGACGGUACAUGGGUAUAACAAUGCUGACUCUGACGCCGGAUAUUCUCUUUGAACUCCAGCAGAGGAAUAAUAACAUACCACCGAGUGUCAGACACGGUGUUUUAGUGUGGAAAGUCAUGCUAGGGUCGCCGGCGUACAUUAGUGGCCUGAAAGCCGGUGACAUCGUAACCCACGUAAAUGGCGAGACUGUUGUGUCAGCAUCGAGUAUUUACAAAGUUUUGGAGAAUCCCGGUGCACUUAUCCUGAAGGUAGUACGAAGCAGCGAAGUUCUGGAGCUGCGCGUGGAGCCGGAGGAGCCUUAAAUUCCCUCAUUAAGUAGAAUAAUGAAAAUAAUUUAUGUACACUUGAAUUUAUUCUAAACAUUAAAUAUUAUCGCAUGGGUGUGGCCUCAA